AUGGUUCUCAAACCACUGCACGGAGAGCCAGCCAUGCAAGCAACUCGGGCAUCCGCUAUCAGUGUGUUUGCAGACUGCAGCAUCCCGGCCGGCCUGCGGAUAGGACCGGUGCCUGGCGUCUUCAAACUAGGGAAAUACGUUACUGAUCGCAAAGAGGUCGUAACCAAGAGAAAGAUUCGGCUGCUGAGGGGCGAAAUCGUGGAUGAAUCAGGUUGCCCUGUGCCAGACUGGAUUGGGUGUAUCCGGGCGGCAAGAAACAGUCAAGAACAGAACUUGGAGGCUAUCUCAGAUCUACCUAGUGGGCAGAUUUUCUAUCGUGUGCUGACGGAGAUCCCAGCAGGCGAGGAGCUGAGUGUGUGGUACUCCAACACUCUGGCUCAGUGGUACGACAUCCCUACCACUGCCACUCCAACACACGACGAGAAAGGUGAAGAACGCUACAUUUGCUGGUACUGUUGGAGAAUAUUUAAAUAUCCCAACACACUCAAGGCUCACGUCCAUUUCCACUGCGCUCUGAGCAACGGGCGGAGCUUUGUGAACAGCGAGCAGGCCAGGAGCACAGACAGCUUCAGCAGGUCACCCAAAUCCGGGGACAUUCCCUACACCUCCGCCUCGCCCAGGAACGGCCACAACACCUCCAUCUCAGACUCUGUCAGACGGACCGUGUCUUCCUCACCUUUCCUCAACAAAGUUGGCGUAUCAAAGAAACCCAGCUCUGAGGAGCAGGACAGAGCACUUGACAUGAGCGUUACCUCGGCCAGAAACCACGGACAUCUCAUGGGCCAUGGCGCAACGUCUUCAAUGUUGAGCAACAUGGGGUUCCACCCAGGCGUGCGCUCUGCAUUCAAGCCCAUGGGCCAAUCCAAGGUCCCCACGGCUGACGUCUACAGAGAGGAAACUAAUGGGAAGCAUAAUGGACUAGGCUUCAGCAAACUCAUGGGGAACAUGAAAUCAACGCGAGCCUUGAAUGAACCUUUGACCGGAAGCCAUCCCUCCAAGUGCGUCCAUCCAUUAGAUUCUACAUCUCCCGUGGUCCCGUGCGCAAACACCAUCAGGGGUUUUCCGUUAAUACCUAAUUUUGAGGAGACAUCGGCUUUCAAGCACGUGGAGAGCCGAAUGCACUCUGGACUGUCCCCCUCGCGCUACUCUCAGAUGUCCUCCGGAUUCCAUUUUGAGAGGUUUUCUCUGCCUCAGUUUGAUGGCGUCAAGCCAUAUAAUGGAGAUUGCAAUAUCCCCCUCAUGCCAUUCACCGUGUACAAUGGCGAGCUGCUUUAUAGUUCACCAUACUACCCACUGAAAUUCCAUUUUAGCAAUCUCCUAAAAUACCCGGAGACAAUGUCCUACUUUGGCGCACCUGCACUCAACCAAGACCUGGGUUCAAUUACCAACAUUGACAGGGAGAUAGCCAUGCACACUCAACAGUUGUCUGAAAUAGCCGUUGAAAAGAACCGAACCAGGCUCGACUCUAUGCCCACUACUAACACAGGCUCAGGGAAGCCCAAAAAGGGACACUUAUGUCUUUACUGUGGUAAACUGUACUCUCGGAAAUACGGACUCAAGAUUCACAUGAGAACUCACACAGGGUACAAACCGUUGAAGUGCAAAGUUUGUUUUCGGCCUUUCGGUGACCCCAGCAACCUGAAUAAGCACAUCCGUCUGCACGCGGAAGGGAACACCCCGUACAGGUGCGAAUUCUGUGGCAAGGUGCUGGUGCGCCGGAGGGAUUUGGAGCGUCAUGUCAAAUCAAGGCACCCUGGACAAACAAUCAAAAAAGCUGAGGACAAAACCGAGGGCAUAUUCGAGGAUCAAGAGCAAAAGAGCGACAAUGACAGCGACGUUGAUGUAUGCUUCACCGAUGAUCAGAGCGACCAAGAAUCCAGUAAAAUAGAUGAUUAA